AUGCCUGUCAAUUUUACCCUGUUUGACAUAUCUGCUGGACUCAUAGACCAGUGGCGAGAGGCAUUUACAGUGCUUGUGCCAGCCGAGUGUCGAGCACGAGUCGUUAUUGUGCACGGUGGCAUCUCUGAUCUCCAUCCCCCCUUUGACUUGCAUCGUAUCGCCUGCCAACUCCUUCGGGAGGUUCGAUGGCGGGUAAGUUGGACCUCCCGAUACUUCUUGUUGCCUCCCUCACAGUACUGGCAUCAUAUCAGCUUUGAUCAGGUCUUAUCGGAUCGAUUGUCUCCUCCAACAGUCCCUGACGCAUUGACACGCGUUGCACAGAGGGUCAUUUACGAUCGCUGGCGUGGAUAUGCACCUCCGGGCACGUGCACACUCCUCCCGCUCUCAGGAACACCCUGUGCAGGGAACCCAUUCUCCUGCCGUUAUGUUGCACUAUGUCCGACCAUGCGUCUACCAAGCUCGGUAGUAUGGCAUAAGGAGAUCGUGUACAAUUGCGUGUGGUCGUUGUUGGUGGAGAUCGAUCAUCAUAAUGCCAGGGCUGCCGUGGAUCCCAGGCUGCACCCCAUCCGUUCGGUGGUUAUGACAGGAAUUGGCACCGGAAUCGGUCGCAUCCCACCGAAGCAAUGUGCUAAACAGACUGCUUUGGCAUUUGCUCAUUAUCACGCUGCAAAGACGAGGGUGGCAACUUGGUCUACAAUGACUUGGGCGGAUAUCGAGCAGUACCCACUGAAUGUUCGCCUACCCUCUGAUGCUUACUAGGUAAAUGCAUAUCUCAAAAACACCCCCUCGAAUUUAC